AUGGGCAAUUAAUGUAAAGGAGUCGGCGAAGAGAGAACUGAAAAAUCCAACAAAGCUCUGGUUCAAACCAUCCCAUCCAAAAAACCUAGAUUGUAAGAUUUCAAGAAACUCAAAAAGCUGGGCUAAGGAGCUUACGGAUCCGUCUUCUUGGUUGAACAUCAAAAUGAAUUGUACGCCAUGAAAGAGAUUUCCAAGUCCAGAAUCCAAAAGAAGAGCACCAAACAACAUAUAGAUUCUGAAAGGCAAAUUCUUCAAUGCACCAAAAGUAAAUACCUUGUCGAACUCAAAUUCGCAUUUCAAGAUGACAAAAAUCUCUACAUGGUUGUCAAUUAUGUCAAAGGAGGAGAACUAUUCUUUCACAUCAGAGAAGCAGGCAGUUUUACCCUAGAAAUUUGCAAAUUUUAUUCAGCCUAAAUACUUAUGGCUUUGCUAGAACUACACAACUAGAACAUCAUCUACAGAGAUUUAAAACCAGAAAAUAUACUCCUUGAUGAUUAAGGUCAUGUAGUAUUAACCGAUUUCGGGUUGAGCAAACAUCUAUGCAAUGAUGAAUUUACCAAGAGCAUGUGUGGCACUCCAGAAUACUUGGCACCCGAAAUCAUUACUUCAAAUAAUGGAUACUCCUUCGAAGUCGAUUACUACAGCUUAGUAUCAUAAUAAUAAAUCACUAGGGAUGCAUUAUCUAUGAAAUGCUGACUGGUAAAACUCCAUUCUUCUCUACUAAUAAAAGACAAAUGUUUCAGGACAGAUUGACCAAAAAGGUUACUUGGCCUGAUUCUAUUGAUGAAUCAGCUAUCUCCCUAGUAAAUCGGUUAUUGGAAGUUGAUGUACUAUAAAUUUUAGUAAUAAAUAGCCUUUAAACCGAUUAUAAGGGAAUGAAAUAAAGGCUCAUCGAUUCUUUGAAAAUAUUAAUUUUGAUGAACUUCGGAAUGUUAAACCACCGUACAAUUUCAAUUAAUCAUCUGCAUCUAAGUUCUUCGAGCAAUUUACUAGCAAAACAACCAUAUCACCAAUGAUUUAAGACUAGCCAUUUUAAUUCUAAGAGUUUACUUAUCCCUAAGAAUGA